AUGGCUACUGGAAUUCUGCGAGUCAAAGCCGACACAGUCGUCGAUGAGAAUGAAGAUCGUGUUAUUCUUCGAGGAACAGCUCUUGGAGGAUGGAUGAACAUGGAGAAUUUCAUCACCGGCUUCCCCGGUCACGAAUCUCAGCACCGAGCUGCUAUGCGCAGGGUCCUCGGAACGCAAAAAUACGAAUUCUUCUUUGACAAAUGGCUGGAAAACUUCUUCACCGAUGCAGACGCCAAGUUCUUUGCGAGUCUGGGCCUCAACUGUCUGCGACUACCGUUCAACUAUCGUCACUUUGAAGAUGACAUGAAUCCACGCGUACUGAAGGAGUCGGGGUUCAAGCAUCUGGACCGAGUCAUUGAUCUGUGCGCUGCACAUGGCAUCUACACGAUCUUGGACAUGCAUGCCGUGCCCGGAGGUCAGAAUCCAGACUGGCACUCGGAUAACCCGACCAACUAUGCCGCCUUCUGGGAUUACAAGGAUCACCAGGACCGUACUGUAUGGCUCUGGGAGCAGAUUGCCGCGCGGUAUAAGCACAAUCCCUGGGUGGCUGGGUACAACCCACUUAACGAACCGUGCGAUCCGGAACACGUCCGCCUUCCAGCGUUCUAUACCCGCAUAGAAAAGAUAAUUCGGGCAAUUGACCCGGAUCAUAUCUUGUGGCUUGAUGGGAAUACCUUUGCGAUGGAGUGGAAAGGAUUCGACACAGUGUUGCCGAAUUGCGUAUACGCUAUGCACGACUAUGCAUCGAUGGGAUUCCCUACUGGAGAUAGGUAUACAGGAACGCCAGAACAAAAGCAGUCUCUCGAGCGAUCUUAUCUUCGCAAAGCGCAUUUCAUGAGCGAACAAGGCACGCCGGUGUGGAAUGGCGAGUUCGGACCUGUCUACGCUGAUCCGGCCUUUGAUAUGGAUGCUGCGACGGUUAACCAAGAACGAUACAAUCUCCUGGGCGAACAACUUCGCAUCUACGACAAAUACAAAAUCCACUGGUCGAUUUGGCUGUACAAGGACAUUGGUUUACAGGGUAUGAUUUACACUAACCCAGAAAGUCGAUGGAAUAAAACAAUCCAGCCAUUUUUGAACAAGAAGAGGGAUUUCUGGCUUGAUAAAUGGGGGCGUCGCCCUGCUGCUGAGCCUGAAGCUGCACUGAAGCCUCUAGUUGACUGGAUUGAUUCUGUCAGUCCCUCGGCUAAGGAUACUUACCCUACCUCAUGGAAUACGGAGAUGCAUGUUAUGCGCAACGUCUUUAAUACUUUUUUGGCUGCUUCGUUUGUGGAUGAGUUUGCGGCCUUGUUUGAGGGCAUGGAAGAGACGGAGCUGGAGGAGUUGGCGAAGAGCUUUCAUUUCGACGAGUGUGUGCAGCGCAGUGGGUUGAAUGAGAUUCUGACGGAGCAUGCGCAGUUGACUCAGUAG